CGUCGUCUCCGCUACGGCUGUUGGGAAGAAGAAACCCUAGACGAAGAGCAGCGAAAAAUGGUGCAGCGGCUUGUUUACCGUACGCGGCAUAGCUAUGCCACUAAAUCGAACCAGCACCGUGUCGUCAAAACCCCAGGAGGGAAGCUGGUAUAUCAAACCACGAAGAAGAGGGCCAGUGGUCCGAAAUGUCCUGUCACGGGCAAGCGGAUUCAGGGUAUCCCACACCUUAGACCUGCUGAAUACAAGAGAUCCAGAUUGUCUAGAAACAGAAGGACCGUAAACCGUGCAUAUGGAGGAGUCUUGUCUGGUUCUGCUGUAAGGGAAAGGAUCAUCCGGGCUUUCCUCGUUGAAGAGCAGAAAAUCGUGAAGAAGGUGCUGAAGCUCCAAAAGGCCAAGGAGAAGCUAGCUGCCAAGAGCUAAGUCGUUCGCCUACACCAAAUAAUCUGUCUUUAUUAUGGUUCUGUUCUAAUGGUUAGGACUUCCUCAGUUGUGGGAGCUUGUACUCAUCCAAUUUUUAUGCUUUGUAUUGUUUUUUCUUUUUUGGAUCUGACUCUGUCGACAAUUAACUCUACUUCAGUUUUGUUUUCGUUUAAAUGUCUGAAUUUCCAUUCAACGUUGAAUUC